UAUUUCACCAGAAUCGGGUAGUUUAACUAUAUAACAAAAUAUUAGAAUCAUAAUAUCUCGUUUCCCAGAGAGGGAGAUUAAUGUCUCACCGCAAGUAUUUUCACGUAUCAACUGCGCCCUUUAAAGUCUAUGUCUAACAUUGAACACAAAUGCAAAAGAUCAUCCUCAUCUGAGUUAUCAAUAGGCUGCAUCAUCGCUCAUCUUCCCCCAUCAUCUUCCGCACCUUCUCCCUCCCUCCUUGUCUGUCCAUCUCCUCCCUCUGCGCCUUUUUACGCACAAAACAAGUCAGAGCGCACACACGGCUGGCGGAGAAAACAGGAGAGACAAUAGACAAUAGUUUGGGUCAUCAUGGUAUUUGGAUUUUUACCGUAGGCAACAUGCGCGCCGGACUGUGAGAUACAGGUGACCGAUCCGUAAACGCGUCUGUUCAUUUACUGGCCGAAAGUUUCAACCAGGUUUUAAUGUUGCCAACCGAGAUUUCAGGAGGAGUGUGUUUCACUUCAAGCGAUCACACUGAGGGAAGGAGAGAAGGGAUGAAAACAGAGGAAAGCCAGCAGUCCUGUCUGCAGCAGCCACCAUCCUCUACGCCUUUUGGUCCGGAGUACAGGGGAGGGGGAGAGUUGUGUGCGGGCUGCGAGUCACCCAUAGCCGACCGCUUCCUGCUGCGCGUGAACGAACGCUCCUGGCACGAGACCUGCGUCAAGUGCGCCGUGUGUUUGAGCGCGCUCACCGGGACCUGUUACUGCAGGGACCGCCUGCUGUACUGCAAGCAUGACUAUGAAAAGCUGUUUGUAAGAAAGUGCAGCGCCUGCCUGCAAGUGAUUGGACGUUCGGAGCUGAUAAUGCGUGUGCAAGGCCAGGUGUACCACCUGGGCUGCUUCACCUGCUGUGAGUGUGAACGCCGGCUGCAAAGAGGUGAUGAAUUUGUGCUGAAAGAAGGCCAGCUGCUCUGCCGCAUGGACUACGAGAAGGAGAGGGAAAUGCUGGCCGCUAUUAGUCCCACACCAACUGAAUCAGUGAAAAGUGAAGAUGAGGACGGCGGAGGAGGCUCUGGUGGGGGUAAAGGUGGUGAUGAAAGCAAGGAACACAAACGUUCAAAGCGACCACGCACCAUCUUGACCACACAGCAGCGCCGUGCUUUCAAGGCCUCCUUUGAAGUGUCUGCUAAGCCUUGCCGCAAGGUGAGAGAAACACUGGCUGCGGAGACUGGACUGACAGUGCGCGUUGUGCAGGUGUGGUUUCAAAACCAGAGAGCCAAGAUGAAAAAGAUAGCUCGUCGACAGCAGCAGCAGCAGCAGCAGCAGCAGGAACAAGAGCAGCUGGGAGGGACCAGGAGAGGACCGAGCAGAGGUGGCCGCCAGAGCAAUGACGACAGUGAGGAUGGCUCUAGUACCCAUGGCAUGGAUGGGAUACUGGGGUAUCCCUCUCUGCCACGUCAGCAGCUACUUGCUCUGGACCCCAACAUCUACGGCGGAGAGCCAUUUCGACAUGGGCUUACACCGCCUCAGCUGAACAAUGAGCAGCUCCACUCCUAUGAUUCAGAGACGGUGUUCCAUGACCUGGACAGUGAUGGAAGCCUCGGUCACCUUGGAGACUGCCUCUUAGCAACUGGGGACGGCAGUCUCCUGCCAGGGCGAGUGGGAAACCCCAUUGACCGUCUCUACUCCAUGCAGAACUCCUACUUCACCUCCUGACCCUCAUAAACUCUCACCCUUACCCCUCCUUUUCCACCUUUCACCUCAGAGAUGCAGCUAAUGGAGUAUGUCCAUCAACAUGCCUGUGGGACCACACUCUGAAAAUGCCUACACCCAAACACACUUCUGAGCUUUUAUCAUAGGCCAAAAUAAUCACAGGUCAGCCAUGGUCAUAAUAUCAGUUUGCAGCAGAUUCCCAUAAUGUUCCCAUUAUCCCUCCUCGAUAAGAAUCACAUGCUGGAAAUACAGACACUGUAAAUGUCCAAGAUAUGUAAAAAGACCUCAAUUUCUUCUGUUGUAUUUAUGUAAUGUUCAAUUAAACACGUUUCAUGGCACUUUCCAACAAAAAACAACAAAGACACUUAUCAAGCAUUAAUAUGUAUAUCAUGAAUUACAGACAAUAAUUGGUUGUUGAAAGUGAAUUCAUCAAUCAAGUUACAUGUAUUUAAGAGUCUUGGCAGGUCUUAUGAGCAGCUGAGGGUCAAACUUAAAUUAGUAUAUUGCAUAACUUUUUGUUGUUGACAGGACUAGUGAUUAGCUAUUGUGCGUGAAAGACUGCAGCAUAUACAAUCCUGUAUAUGGCUUGGAGUACAAUUUUGCUCUCAGGUUAGUGUGUAUGUUUUAUGUAACCUGAGCGAUAACUCAGGAUAUUGUGCUGGAUAGGAUUACAAUUUAACUAGCCCAAUGACUUAAAGAACGUAGAUUGCAAAGAGGAAGAAACUCACCAUGUAAAAUUAUCAUUGCAAACCACAUUAUUAGUUUUUCAUAAUGCAUGACAGG